CAUCGCUCAGCUUUGUUCUACGUAGUUCUAAUGCUCCGCCUAGCCUUCCUAUCGGGAUUUUUUUUUUCCAUUGCAUCCAUUUUUGUGCAUUUAAGAAAUCACCAAGAAUUAAGAACCGGCAGGAGAACAAGAUAUAAAAGAGAAAACAAGAAGGACGUCUGAGAGAGCGAGAGGAAAAAACAAAAAGGGGGGACAAGACAACCUUUAUUUCAGGAGGCAAAACAGCUCCCUCUGAAAGAUGAAAGCAAUGGGUUAGAAAGGAUUUGACAUGAUUGCAAAAUAAAUAAAAAAAGGCAAGAGCAUAUUUUAUAUUCCGCUGCAUAUGCAUCAAUGGACGGAGAGUGAGAAGUAUGUUUGGAAUACUCGCAGCCGGUUUUUAUACGACUCAGAUGGGCAUUUUAUUCGCGUCCUCCUCCCUUUUAUAGCCUCUAAAGCAGGAUUCCGGUGUGCUCUGAAAACCCAUUGUGAGACUCCUGAGAUCCAUCUGGCUUUUUGGCUGUUUCCUCACGCUGGCCGGUGAUGGCAAGAGAUGUCUUCUCCCGUACACUAUCGAUGUGACCCUUAGGAUUUUUUUGGCAAAUUAUUUGAUCUCCUUCACCUUUCAAAGGCACGGAUAUUUUUUUUUAGCUUUUCUCAUUCUCUCUCUUUUUUAAAUUAUUACUGAGUAUUGCACACCAGACGUCCGGGGUCCCCGUCACGUUGUCCUUUUUUUUGCCGCUGUUAAUAAUGCAAACACACAUACAUUUACACCUAUACAUGUAAAUAAAAUACUACGAUAUCCGCUUCAUAGUAUCAGGGUCUUUAAAUGCUCUAUUCGUCCUUAGACCAGUGCGAUAACCGAGAAUGUGGAAGCUGGUACUUUAAUUUUUUUUUGGCAUUAGCAAUUACUUCCAAUUAAAUUAAGUAUAUUCUAUUGCUGGUUGUUGAUCUUUUAGCAAUUAUAUCUAAAGAUGUCUGCUCCACUUGGGCCCCGGGGCGGGCCAACCGCUCCCCCUGCGGCUCCUGUUGUACCGGAGAUGCCGGACCUCAGCCACCUCACGGAAGAGGAGAGAAAGAUCAUCCUCGCUGUAAUGGACCGACAGAAACAAGAAGAGGAAAAGGAACAGUCCAUGUUAAAGGUCAAAGAAGAACAAAAGCCUCAGCCAGCACAGUGGUUUCCCUUUAGUGGUAUCACUGAGCUGGUAAAUAACGUUCUUCAGCCCCAGCAAAAAUCGCAAAAUGAAAAGGAGCCAGAGACGAAGUUGCACCAGCAGUUCGAAAUGUACAAGGACCAGGUGAAGAAAAUGGGAGAAGAAGCACAGCUGACGCAGGAGCAAAAGGGGGACGCUCCCACCUGUGGGAUCUGCCACAAAACCAAGUUCGCCGACGGCUGCGGCCACAUCUGUUCUUAUUGCCAAACUAAAUUCUGUGCUCGUUGCGGAGGACGCGUCUCUCUGCGGUCAAAUAAGGAGGACAAAGUGGUAAUGUGGGUAUGCAAUCUGUGCCGAAAACAACAAGAAAUCCUCACAAAGUCAGGAGCCUGGUUCUACAACAGCAGUUCGAAUACACCCCAGCAGCUGGAUCAGAGUGAGGCCCCCAGGGGCCACAGGAAUGAAGAGGCACCUCAGGAGAAGAAGGCAAAACUACAGGAUCCGUCCCACUACCAGGGACCCUCAGGGGACAUUUCCACACCAGCGUCAGACAAAAACAGACCUCAAGGGCUCGUCCGGCAGGAGUCGAUCAAAAACGGUUCAGGGCUGAAGUACCCUGGUCCAGGAGACGCUUCGACGGACAGGAAAAGAAGCCCAUCAGCAUCCAGGGAUCCAAACCAAAAAUACGACCAAAGGGAGGAGAGGGGUGACCGUUCGCAGUAUGCCCCGGUGGAUGGUGGGAUGCCCAGGUCACCAUCCGACUACGAGGAGCGAGAACCGCGGAGGGUACCACGGGGCUCGCGGAUGUACGAGGAUGCAGAGGCGGCACGGGGGGAGUACCGGGACCGGCGCGGACGGCGGCGGUCCCAGGAGUAUCCCCUCGACGAGGAACUUGACGGCCAGCAGAGCGAGUACGAGACGCAGCGGCAGCGGGAGGAGGAAUACCAGGCCCGCUAUCGCAGCGACCCCAAUCUCGCCCGCUACCCGGUCAAGCCCCAGCCCUACGAGGAGCAGAUGCGCAUCCACGCCGAGGUUUCGCGGGCGCGGCACGAGCGCCGGCACAGCGACGUCUCGCUGGCCUACACCGAGCUGGACGAGCCGCAGGGGACCGUGACGCGGGGCGACCGGCAGUCGCGGCAACGCUCCACCACAGAGAGGCGGAUGCCCAUGGAGAGCCAGCGCUCCUACUCUAUGGAGAGAACUCGAGAAGCCCCCAGUCCUGGCCAGCGGACCUCUAAUCACAGCCCCCCCACCCCACGUCGAAGCCCUGUGCUCGGCGAGCGGCCCGGGGAUAUGCGGCGCGGGGGAGGGGGGGAUACCAUGUGGAAGCAGCAGCAGCAGCAGCCGCAUCAUCUGGACCCCAGCUCCGCCGUGCGCAAGACCAAGCGGGAAAAGAUGGAGACCAUGCUGCGGAACGACUCGCUCAGCUCCGACCAAUCCGAGUCCAUCCGGCCCCCGCCGCCAAAGCCGCACAAAACGAAAAAGGGAGGCAAGAUGCGGCAGGUGUCACUUAGCAGCUCUGAGGAGGAACUAGCCACCACCCCGGAGUACACAAGCUGUGAUGACGUGGAGAUCGAGAGCGAGUCAGUGAGUGAAAAAGGGGACAGUCAAAGGGGAAAAAGAAAAACUAGUGAGCAGGCAUUUUUGUCGGACUCAAACACCUUAACUGAGAGACUAAAGAAAAUGGUGCACUUUGGGGGCCACUCAUUGGAAGAGGACUUGGAUUGGUCUGAGCCUCAGGUUAAAGACUCGGGCGUUGAUACAUGCAGUAGCACAACUCUUAACGAGGAGCAUAGCCGUAGCGAUAAGCACCCUGUGACAUGGCAGACAUCCAAAGAUGGAGACCGUUUAAUAGGGCGGAUUUUACUAAACAAGAGGCUGAAAGAUGGUAGUGUGCCUAGAGACUCAGGAGCAUUGCUUGGACUGAAGGUGGUCGGGGGAAAGAUGACAGAAUCCGGUAGACUGUGUGCUUUUAUUACAAAGGUAAAGAAGGGAAGCCUAGCAGAUACUGUUGGACACCUCCGACCAGGUGACCAAGUUCUAGAAUGGAAUGGGAGGCAAUUGCAAGGAGCUACUUUUAAAGAAGUUUACAAUAUAAUUCUGGAAUCCAAGCCAGAACCUCAAGUGGAGCUGUUGGUCUCACGACCAAUAGGAGACAUUCCCCGUAUUCCAGACAGCACACAUGCACAACUGGAAUCAAGUUCGAGUUCUUUUGAAUCCCAGAAGAUGGAGCGCCCCUCUAUCUCUGUCACAUCUCCCAUGAGUCCUAGCAUGUUACGAGAUGCACCCCAGUACUUGCCUGGACAACUCUCAAGCCAAAGCCUUAGUAGAAGAACAGCGCCUUUUGUCCCUAGGGUCCAGAUAAAAGUCUGGUAUGACAAGGUGGGCCAUCAGCUAAUUGUUACAAUUCUGGGAGCAAAAGACUUGCCUCCAAGGGAAGAUGGGAGGCCAAGGAACCCUUAUGUUAAAAUUUACUUCUUGCCUGACAGAAGUUUGAAUCAUUGUUCCUCCAGUGACAAAAGUAAGAGAAGAACAAAAACAGUAAAGAAAUCCUUAGAGCCCAAGUGGAACCAGACAUUUAUGUAUUCCCCUGUGCAUCGGCGGGAGUUUCGUGAACGGAUGUUGGAGAUCACACUCUGGGACCAGGCACGCGUAAGAGAAGAAGAAAGUGAAUUUUUGGGAGAGAUCCUAAUAGAACUAGAGACUGCGCUCCUGGAUGACGAGCCUCACUGGUACAAACUACAGACACAUGAUGUCUCCUCUCUGCCACUUCCUCUCCCUUCGCCAUACCUGCCACGGAGAAAGCUACACAGUGAGAGCCCGACUCGGAGAUUGCAGAAUAAAGGCCCGUAUUACAAUUCAGGAUCCCAGAGGAUUAGUGACAGUGAAAUAUCAGAUUAUGACUGUGACGACGGAAUUGGAGUUAUAUCAGAAUACAGACAUAACGGCAGGGAUCUCCAAAGCUCCACACUAUCGGUUCCAGAACAGGUGAUGUCAUCCAACCACUGUUCCAGAUCAGGGUCACCUCACCGGGGUGACAGCAUGGGCAGGACGCGGUCUCGGUCACCCAGCGUCCCCCCACCUCAGAGCCGCAGCUUGGAUCAGCCUUCGCGUGGUAGCAGGUCCUCCCCGACACAGUACAAUACGAUGAGUCGAAUGGACAGGCAUCGCAUGGCAGAAGAUCACUACUCCCCAGACAGACAGUUUCUCACUCUACCUCGGUCCAGACACAGUCAACCUAUUGAACAUCAUCACAAGGAACCCAGCAACAACCAUGCCAUGUACCCCCUCUAUCGUGAAGAUGCAGUCAGGUUACUGCGUUCCCAUAAGAUGUCCCGUACAUAUUCUGAGGGCGCAUACAAUGAUCUUGAGAGGAGGAUUAGGCGGGAAAGGAGAAUGCUUAAUGCCUAUGACGACUCAUUCAAUUCUCCUGAAAGAUGGUACAAUGGACCUAGCACUUGGUCAAAUCAUGUAGUGAAUGGUACAUGUGAGGAUUACAGCAGGAAAUGUCCAAGGAUAGAAAUUCAACAGCCUUCCACGGACACUGACAGAGAGACAGUGGAAGCUUUGGCAGAAUUACAGUCACACUCUGAAGCUGAACAGCCUGAUCCAGAAGAAGACACGAGGAAUUGCGAAGCCCUGGACAGACAUGAAUGUCAAAGGUCCAGAUCCACAGAUCAGCGCCCUGUCCUAGAGCGGACCGCCUCCCGCUCCCGGUCCACUGAGCGCCCCGACUCAAACCUCAUGAGGUCGAUGCCAUCUUUACCGUCUGGAAGAUCUGCCCCUCCCUCACCUGCCUUGACGAGGGCACACCCACGUAGCGGAUCGGUGCAGACUAGCCCCACAAGUACCCCCAUGGCCGGGCGAAGAGGGAGGCAGCUGCCACAGCUUCCUGCGAAGGGCUCGUUGGAAAGAAAAAAUGGAGACGAAGGAUUAGAGCCUUAUGAAGAGGAAGCAGGGGAAGAGAAUGAGCACGGUGAGCUGCAGGGCUCAGAGUGCGAGGCAGAAUAUGAGGAAAAACCUCAGUGUCCACCAGUUAAUGGGAGAAAAGAAGUGACCUGGGAGGACCAGCAGAGAAAGGUGAAUGGUACGGUAACUGAGGGCAGGACGAAACAGAAACGCCCCUCUGAGCCAGACACGGAUUCAUCCCGUCGGAGGAACUCAGUAGAGAGGAAUGAAGCAGAGCCAGAGAAUGGAGAUCCAGGUGCUAUGGAUGUAGAAGAGAGGACAAGGCAGAUGAAGCUGAAAAUGAACAAAUACAAACAAGGAGCUGGCUCAGACUCCAGGCUGGAGCAGGACUACCAUUCCAAGCACCGGUCGGGGAGAGACCCACAGAGGGGCUCGGAUAACAUCUCAACCAAGUCUUCGGACAGUGAUGUGAGCGACGUGUCCGCUGUGUCGAGGACCAGUAGCGCCUCUCGGUUCAGCAGCACGAGCUACAUGUCUGUCCAGUCCGAAAGACCGCGGGGUAACAGGAAGAUCAGGCGCUCCAGAACAAUGCAUGAUAAAAAGGAGGGUGGGAGGGAGGGGGAGGAGGUUUUGGAAGAGGUUUUGCCUGAGGAAGAGGAGGAGGAGGAGGCGGGGUCAGAGGAGAAGAGGGAGGGGCAGGAAACCGAGAGCUGUGAGAAAGUAGAGGAUAAAGAGGAAGGGGAGCAGGAAGAGGAAGGCAAAGAUUUGGUGGAGGAGGAACCACAGGAGGAAGAAAAAGAGAAAAGACAAAGAAAGAAAGAGGAUUUGCAGAGGAGGUUCUCGGAGAACGAUGUCAGGCAGAUGGGAGCGCCCGGGAAGAACAUGACGAAAAGCACCAGCAUCAGCGGCGACAUGUACAGCCUGGAGAAGAACGACGGCAGCCAGUCGGACACGGCCGUGGGGACGGUGGGCGCGGGCGGCAAGAAGAGGCGCUCUAGCAUAGGUGCCAAAAUGGUGGCGAUCGUGGGGCUCUCGAGGAAAAGCCGGAGCACCUCGCAGCUCAGCCAAACAGAAGCAGGAGGGAAGAAGCUGCGCAGCACCAUUCAGAGGAGUACAGAGACGGGCCUUGCAGUGGAGAUGAGGAGCCGGAUGACUCGGCAAGCCAGCCGGGAAUCGACCGACGGCAGCAUGAACAGCUACAGCUCAGAGGGAAAUCUCAUUUUCCCAGGGGUGCGACUUGCGUCAGAUAGUCAGUUCAGUGACUUUCUCGAUGGCCUGGGCCCUGCUCAGCUCGUUGGCCGACAGACGUUGGCCACUCCAUCUAUGGGUGACAUCCAGAUUGGAAUGAUGGACAAGAAAGGUCAGCUAGAAGUUGAAGUAAUCCGAGCUCGUGGCCUUGUGGGAAAACCAGGCUCUAAGGCACUGCCAGCACCCUAUGUUAAGGUAUACCUGUUGGACAAUGGAGUCUGCAUAGCCAAAAAGAAAACAAAAGUAGCAAGAAAAACGUUGGACCCCCUUUACCAGCAGCAACUCUCGUUUGAAGAAAGUCCAACAGGAAAAGUUCUCCAGAUUAUUGUGUGGGGUGACUAUGGACGCAUGGAUCAUAAAUCCUUUAUGGGAGCUGCUCAGAUACUUUUAGACGAGCUCGACUUGUCCAACAUGGUGAUUGGCUGGUUCAAGCUCUUUCCCCCUUCCUCAUUGGUGGACCCAACCUUGGCACCUUUGACUAGAAGAGCUUCCCAGUCAUCGCUUGACAGUUCCUCCGGACCUUAUGCUCGUUCAUAGCAGUGCAAGGAAAAUAGCAUUGUUGUAGCAACCAGCGUUCAAGUUAACAGUCUUAACAGGUCACGUGCCCUGGUUACACUGCAUGCUUAAUGUUGUGUCUUCUGAGCCCGUUUCUAGGGAUGCAAAAGUGGUCCUGUGUUUUCAACGAAUGUUGCACACAUUGUGCGCACAGAAGCCCUCUGGGGAGAAACAGGUGGAAGCUGUAAAGAACGUCAGCACGUGGAAUUCAGUGACUCUAGGUUUUCAUCCACUUUGAAGCCAUGGAAAAAAGAAAUGAGAAUCAAUUGAUGAAUUCAACAGAAGCCCCUUUUUUAAACCCAUGUCAUGAUUUUUGCGUUGUUGUUGUUCUUGUGCCCUUCUGGGUCACAAUCCUCCUUAACCGGAAGCUUGGCUACGCCACUCCAACGAACCCAGCUGCAGACGUGGAGACUUGAGGACAGUUAAAGGAGACUAAGGGACGUCUGUGCAUUCAUGAAGAAGGAACGACACCAGAUAAACCUCCAGCCCAACCCACCGAUAACUCCAGGAUAUGCUCAGAAUUACAGCGGAUCUCGAAAGACAAUUUUCAGAAAAAAAAAUGGCAAUACAGAUGUGGCUACACCCCAUGCUCCAGAAUAUAUUUACACCAGAACCCACAAUGAAAUGAACUUUUAUGAUCUAGCAUAUUAAUUUCUCUGUUGAUAUAUUGUAUGAAAUUUAAAAGAAAAAAAAGAUUUUUUUUGCAUGGACACAAGUUUAGCA